UUCCGAACCACAUUUCCAUUUAAGGCAUCAAGGCGAAACAAUUACUCUUUACUGCGGCAUGGAUUCUCUGAGUUCUCGCCAAAAGAAGGAAAUAAUUUGUCAAAUUUCUGACCUGUUAUUUCCACUACUGAAGUCAAUGUGGUGCUUGCUUCUUUUUCUUACAAGCAUUUGCUUGUCUCAAAAGUAUACGACCUUCACUUUAUACAAUAAUAAUGCUCUCAUUUGCUAGGAAUGCUCAUUAUCUUUGUUGCAUUUUCUUACAUUCUGGAGUCGUUAGUAACUUAGAUCUUACAAUUGACAGCGGGUGGAAUCAUUUAUGUCUGCACUGAGAGAAGUUGCGGAGGAAAGUGGAUUAGCUUUGAAGAAGCUUGACAAGAAAUUGGAAAGAACUCUUCUGCACUCGUAUCGCAAGGAUUUGACAUCUCAGAUUUCUGCUGAAACGGAUCCAGUUUCCCUUUUACCACAAGUUAUAUCUCUGCUUUAUGUACAGGUUCAUGGAAAAGCUCUGCAGGCUCCUGGUAGGGCCAUAUCAGCUGCUGUCGCUCGGUUAAAGGAUAAACUGGACGACUCGGCAUUCAAGACCUUGGUUGAUUACCAGAGUGGAACAGUGAGCCUGUUGGCUCUAAUGUCUGCUGCUACCGGCGAUGAGGAAGAUUGUGCAUCUGACAGAAUUUUGACCAAAAGGGAGCUCUUAGAGGAAUUGAUACCUGCAUUGAAAGGCUUAGUGCUUAGUACCUCACAGUCACAGACAUGACUUGGAUAGAUUCAACUUCAGGGAAUAAGAAGAUGGAAGCAUUCAUCUUUCUUCUCUUCAAAGGUUUCUUGUAUCAUAACCAGAGUUAAGAGGAGUUGCUACACAUCAAACAGCUAGAAGAGAUUUCCUUAGGAACUUAGUCCUGGUCAAAGACUUUAGCUCGCAUAUAAUUGGUGACUUGUACAAAUAGAUAUUGUAUAUCUGUUUUAUACCAAGUUGGCACAAAAUUUACUUUUGGUCAUUUA